UGCCAUUGCAGAACUCAGGAGUCAGGAACAAAGGGUACGUAGUCCAUAGUAGGGUUGUUGAUUUUACUUUCCCAACACUCCUCACAACCAGAAAUCUCACAAAAAGCAUACAAUUAAUUAAUGGCCCCCGAAGUGCCUGUCGACGUGUUCACCGGCACGGGCAAGGUUUCUACGCUUAACGCCGGCUACUCUAAGAGGGCGUACAUAACAUUUUUGGCCGGUAAUGGCGACUACGUGAAGGGGGUAGUUGGUUUGGCUAAGGGUCUGCGUAAGCUCAAAAGCGCAUACCCUUUGGUGGUUGCAAUGUUGCCUGACGUGCCUGAGGAGCAUCGGGAGAUCUUGAGGUCUCAAGGAUGCAUCGUCCGUGAGAUUGAGCCUAUAUAUCCGCCUGAAAACCAUACUCAGUUUGCUAUGGCUUACUACGUUAUCAACUACUCCAAGCUUCGUAUUUGGGAUUUUGAAGAGUACAGCAAGAUGAUGUAUUUGGAUGCGGAUAUUCAAGUGUUUGAGAACAUAGACCAUCUCUUUGACACACCGGACGGCUACUUCUACGCCGUGAUGGACUGCUUUUGCGAGAAGACGUGGAGCCACACGCCGCAGUAUAAGAUUGGGUACUGCCAGCAGUGCCCGGAGAAGGUGACAUGGCCUGCUGAUCAGAUGGGUUCUCCUCCUCCUCCCUUGUACUUCAACGCCGGCAUGUUCGUCUUCGAGCCUAGCCGUUUGACUUAUGAGAGCCUUCUCGAGGUCCUCCAAAUCACUCCACCUACGCCGUUUGCAGAGCAAGAUUUCCUGAAUAUGUUCUUCAAAGACGUGUACAAGCCCAUCCCCCUUGUAUACAACCUUGUUCUUGCUAUGCUAUGGCGCCAUCCGGAGAACGUGGAGCUUGAGAAGGUCAAGGUGGUGCACUAUUGUGCUGCUGGAUCAAAACCAUGGAGGUAUACUGGCAAGGAAGUAAACAUGGACAGAGAGGACAUUAAGACGUUGGUAUCCAAAUGGUGGGAUAUUUAUAACGACGAGUCACUCGAUCUGAUCAAGGAUGAAAACCCAGUUCUAGAGGAAGAGACAUUCUCAAGGUCGUCGAUCAUGGCUUCCAUGCCUGAGCCCACGAUGUCCUACAUUCCUGCUCCCUCUGCCGCUUGAACAGUUCGAUCUGUUAAUUAAGAGGAGAGUGUUAAUUGGACGCCGAUGGUGUAAUCAUGUCCCAUGUUUUCUUUUCCCUAUUUUAUACUUUUUCUACACUACUUGGCCUUUUCUUGUUGUGAGAGUACGUUCAUAGGAAAUUAAUACAUGUAGAGCUUCUUAACAUAUUUGAUCUUAUUGAUAUGUAUCUCGAUCUACUGGUAAACGAAUGCAUGUAUAACUCUUGUCUUGAAUGCA